AUGGAGCUCUACAACCGCGACACGGCUGCAGCCGAUCCGCACAUAGUCGAUCAGGGAGGCGCGGGGAACGUCAACGUGCGCGCACGCAUGGAGGUGCCGUCUACCUCACAGCCAGUCACUUCGACGCCCACGUUUACUGCCCCCCCUGCGCAGGAUACACCCUCAUCGAAGCGUCCGCGAUUGCGUGAGACGGCAACCAUGCAGGUCGCCAUGCUCGUCUCGGAUACUAUCAAGAGCUGCCAUGGUGACGCGAUGAACCGGCUCGAGACCCUCGUGCGUGAGUGGAUGCAGCAGGACGUCCGACUGUCUCGGGAGCGCGCGCAACAGCAUGGCGGGUCUCCUGCUGCUCACACCAUCCGCACCGAAGGCCCCCCACCGGCAGCUACCGGACACGCACGCGCAGGUGGGCGCGAUGAUCCUGCCGUUGACCAUCCUGAAGAGGCUACGAACGAGGAUGGCGAUAAGGCCGACGAGGUCAACCCUGAUGCGGAUGACGUGGAGAUAUGGGUGCACGGCGACGACGAGUGA